CGCUGUACCGGAUAUUCUAUCUGACAAUGCUGUAGAUUCCUGAGCUCCCUACGAAAUGAAAGAGGUUCUGACUGGCAGUCAGUUUCAAGCACUCUCCUUGCAAUUUGCAUUAAGCUUGGCGUACAUUUGGAUUUUUUAGACGCCGUGUUGAGGCCCAGCAUCUGGUCCAAGCAGUCCGGUGGAUGUUUCCACACAUAUAACGAUGAAGGCGAAGUCGAGGCUAUCAGUGAGUCGUUUUAUCGUCGAUGUUUCCUCACUAACCAUUCUAGAUGGUUUCUACCAUUACUUCAACGAAUGGCACCGCAUCUACGCAAACCCAUCGCAGAGCAACUACGCAGCGGGCUGUGUCUUCCAAGACACCCUCGCACGCUCCCGCUCCGUCCAGGGCCUCCACGGAUCCGUGUCUCUCGACAUCGGCUACAUGGGGUCCGUCGGCUACGUGGCCCAGCGCAGCGCAGACAGCCAGGUGAUCCGGGCCAACGCCCCCAAGCUGGUGCCCAUCGAGACGGACGAGUUCCUCGAGAUCCUCGACCACUACUGCGACCCGGCCCUGCCGCCCCUCGACGAGACGCACAGCCAGCUGCUCAUCGGCGCCCGCACCGCCGGGGACUACACGGCGCGCGGCGAGGAGCCCGUGCCGGCGACGCUGCGGCCGCUCUUCGCGGGCUUCAACAACAACAACUCGCGGCACCACCAGGACACCACCAGACGCGCCGCCCGCGCCGAUGUCGCGGAGGAGGCCGAUCCCUCGCUGCUGUUCCAGCAGGCGGGCAGCGCGGAGGAGCGUCGCGCCGUCGUGACGGUAGCCCUGAGAGCCAAGGUGGCGCGGGCGCUGGGUGUCACCGUGGAGGACAUGGAUGCGGAGAAGACGUUGGCAGACUACGGCACCGACUCGCUCAUGGCUGUCGAGCUACGGAGCUGGAUGCGUAAGGACUUUGGGGCCAACGUUAUGGUAUUUGAUAUGAUGGGUGGGAAGUCGAUUAAGGCUGUGGGUGAAUUGGUUGUUGCGAAGGCGGGGGCUUGAGGCGGCUCCCUUCUAUGCUUCCCCCGCCAGCUUGCCUUCGCCUCUUCGGCUUAUAUUUUUUCAUCUAGCGUACACAACUCUCAAUUCUGACCACUAACGGAAGAAUGACGAACUAAUAACUAGAACUUACGGUGAUUCUUGUAAACAAUAACCUAACAGCCAGACCACAAACAAUUUUAUAACGCCGUCAUGAUUGAAUUAACGCCAUGGUACU